GCACUUUUCCCUUCCGUCGCUAGUUGCCGGCUCCUAGUGAAGUUUCUGCCGUCGUUGUGGCAGAGCGAACGAUGUUUCGUCAUGUCUUUCCAGUUUUCGCCAAACCGCUGCUCUCUACGGACUUUUUUCUCUUGCCUUACCUUCGAUGGUUUGGUCUCACGUACGUGAGAAAACCUCGUUUCGUCGGCGGUGCGAUUCCACCGCAUGUUUUGAUCGGGCUGAGCGGAGCAAGGGUAGCGGACAAUUUGCAUCUCAACCUUAAAAAAAACGACAUUAAAUGCGACAGUAGUUGCGUGCCCAUGCAGCUCUUGUUAUAGGCAAGUACCUGCGAGCGGGGCCUCCUCGCUUCGAUCGGCAAGGACGCGGCGACAGGGAAAGAACAUACGUCAAUGAGGAGACUGGCCACUAAUUCGCGCGGGAUAGGCCGUUCAGGUUCUCUUUCAUGCCGGAAAGCCGGGACAGGGAGAUCUCAAUGGGAUCUGUUGCCGCUUUUUCCAGAAGCUAGAGAGGUAGCUGGACAGACAGAAACUGGUGAAACUCCGUUUCGUUUGUGGUUUGGAAAUCAACGCCCGUCUCUGUGUAGGCGCGGUGGUGCUCUACAACUGCGGUGCCUGGAUGUGGAUGCAAAAAAAAUCAGGUUUCUUUUUCUGGACUUUUCUGAACGGCCCCCGUGGACCGGACUCACGCGCUCAAUUGCGUGAAUAGUCUCUAACCGCCCCCCCUCCCUAAGCAGCGCUGCUGCCCGCUCUAGGUUCCACGAAGUUGCCCGCAGAUGCGGCAGUUGCCGUCUACCCUUGUCAUUCAUUUCCAUUCUGGAUUUCGCAUGGCGAGGCUAUGGCAGUCCUCUGUUUGUGGAAACGCGUGAAGCUGAUCUGGUGUGCCGUUUCUGUCUGCUCGUGAUGUUUCGUCUUCUCUCACACGCAUCCCGAAUUUUUUUGGUCUCUGGAUGCCUCAGCUCCCAACAGUCCCCCUCACAAUUUCACGUGGAAGGGCGGCGGUCGCUGCUUCAGACGUCGUCGGGAAGACCUGUUCUUCUGGUGUCAGCUUGGCAACAAUCUGCUACAAAGCCGUGCGAGUCGCUUGGCCCAGACUCCGUUCUGUUGGUCGCCGAAUAGCUGCCUCGUUCAUAUAUAUAAAAGCACACUGUAUAUGUUUUUCUACAUUCAUGGGCACCCAUUUGCAUGCGUGCGUGGGCGCGUGUCUGAGUCCGUCAUAUAUUUCUCUAUCCGCCGCCUCUGAACUGGUUCCACCGUCGUGCGUGAGACCGAGCUCGUUUUGAUGCCUUUCGUAUCAUCUUGGAGCAACAAGUUGGGCUACUCGAGACCCACUCGGAUGGUACUCCGUUGCUUCUCCGAGUACUCGAACGGGCACCUGAGUGCGAAGUCUGCACGCGCUCUCCUGGCCUCAAUCUAUGGCCUCCCUCCGUUCCAGAGCACCGCCGCUCCCCCACCAAUCCGAUCGCCGCGUUUCACCGUCGCGGCGGCGCCAGUGUAUGCAGGUGUUCGAGAAGCUCCGCGGCAGUCCGGAUUCGCAAGACUCUUCCAGAGGUUGGUCAGGCCUUCCAGUGUCGCCCCGCGUCUGUGGGAGAAGCCAGGAGACGGCGACGCCGCGUGCGCCCUGGCGCGUCUCCACACAGGCUCCCCUCUUCAGACAGGUUUUUUCUGUGGCGCAGCUUCGGCCAUACGCCACGGUUCUGGGCCUGUCCCCUGACGGCAUUCCGCGUUUGUAACCACACCCGCCUGUGCACAAAAAGGUCUGGCCCCUACCUUUUUGCGUGCCGGGGAUGGUCCUGAACCGCGCGUUUCUCUCUGCGCAAGAGACAGAUUCCGGCUGCCUUUCCGACGGCCCAAGGCCGUCCGGCGGAAGCGGGCCAGGCUGCGCCCCAGCUGUCGACCGGCCGCGCCUUUCCGCACCUCGAAAACGGCUCCCGUGCUCUGCGGGUUCAAAUCAGGAUUUCAGGGACUCAACCGAUGAAGACCGGGGCGCUCUGGACGCAAACACUGGAGGUUCUCGCGUGCUCGGCAUGACGCUCUAUUCGCCCUGGGAGAAGACUGACCGCUGUUAUAGGGGCGCCGCGAAGAGGACCUGCGACAGCGCCGCAGCUACCGGAGAGAGGCGAGUUGUCGCGGAGAGUCGAAGCGGACUCGCGACGUUCGGAGCGGAGACCAACUUCGGGCGCUCCACGACCCUCCCCAGCAUCCAGCGAGGUCCCGCGGAGGAAGAUUUCAUCAAGCUCUCUGCAGGCGAAAUCGCGCGAGACCAAGCGGACCCGAGGUGCCACGCAGAGCACAGGCAGAACGCUCUCUCUCCCGAGAGUCUCUCUUCAUGGUCUUCUCGCGGGUCGCUAGACAGAGUUUCCCUCCUGCGCCCAGCGUGGCUGCCUACUGCUGCCCCGCCGACGGCGAGCGGCGCGCCGGAGCCGCCUGCAUUUCUGAGAGAGGAAGCGGCAGCGUUGCUUCGCAGAGCGGAACUGCGUGCUGAGACUUCCGCUUGCGCGACUCACAACCUCUCUGUUUGUGGCCGUGCACCUUCCCGCCAGCGCUGUGGUGCGCUUGGUGGAGGCGAUCCGCCGGCAGAUCCCGCGCGGCCUGUGGCGUCCGUCGUGGCGGGACAGGAGACUUCUUUCUCGCAUUCAAUUGCUUCUUCAGACUCCGCUGAAGCGAGCUCGCCAGUCGCGGCACCUCGGACGAAAGCCAAGAGACACACAGACGCAUCUCCGUCGUCGGCCGACUUUGCGGUGCCUCGAGAGCAACUACCUCAUUGCGCUCCGCCGUCAGUCUCCGCGAAGGCAACAGCCAUGACUGAGGGGGGCGGCUCGUCGUUGGCGCCCGUUGCAGGCCCCGUUGCUGCCGCCUCUCUGGCGACCGCGUACCUGUGCCACUACGAGCCGGAAUUCCAGAAGGCGCCAGACAGGCCUGUUGCGGCCUUUUGCCAGUCUUCGACGCGGUUCUCUGCUGCGGGGCUCCCCGGUCCGCGGGGCGUUUCUUCGGAGCUCGCCGGCUCUGCCUUGCCGCCCCCCUGUCGCCCGCCUCCCGCCGUUGACGUCUCCACUGUCACACCUUUCCUUCACCGAAACGCUGGAGAGAACGGGAGCAGCUUCGUUUCCGUGGCAACUGACUCCGUCCAGGGCCACGGAAGAAACGCUGGCGGCGCGCGCUGUUCUUUUCUUAAGGACACGGAGGCGGGGCCUCUGACUCAGGGCCCAGAGGCGACAGCGCAGAUGUCUGGGCUUCCCGUCGAUACCUGGGGGGGCCGGAACUUUGGCGCGCGACCGGGCGACGGGGCUGCGCUUGCGGAGGGGGUUCCAGAACUAGCGGGACCUGCCGCGCCGGUCCCCGUGUCUCCCCUGUCCGCCGAGACUCUUGGAGACGCGGCGUUGUCGCCCAACAGUGAGGGCGGUGGGCGGACGAGGCGUCGACGGAAGCCCACAUGGCGCCGCGGCGGCCAGGCGAGGCGGAGUUCGCGGGAGGGCGAGGCAGGACGGCUGGAGGGGCUGGAGGGUGCGCCCGAGAGAGGUGUGGCAGUUGAGGGCGAGGUUUCCUCAGGCGUCACCCUGCCGUCGUCGCGCCGUCCGCCUCGGUGGAUUCGAUUCUUCGCCCGGCGCCUCAUCUGCAUGGGCCCACGCGAAGGAAAAGAGCCGCCGGCGCUCUCGAAGCGACUCUCGGGAGCAGGUGCAGUGAACCGAGCUACUCUGGAACCCCCCAAAGACUCCAAGAGGCUCGCGGGGGCGCACUGUCCGGCCUCGAGCGACGCCUCGCAGGCGCUGGGGGCCGCGUUCCGAGCCCCGUUGGGUCUUGGAGAGCCCGUGCAUGCACUUUCUGGCCUACAGGGAGCCUCGGAGAAGCGGCACUCGACGCGUGCAGCUGCGGACGGCGCGGUCGUGCCACUGCAACCUGAGGACCUGACUCAAUGCGCGUGGCGGGAGGCAGCGUCGCUACCUGCCGCCGCGGGUCUGCGAAAACCGACACGGCCGGCUGGAGAAGACAGGAGAGAGGGAGAGGGGGGAGAGGAAGCGAACUUAGGGGCGACAGGGCUCGGAGUUAGCCCACGCGGAAACGCCAGUGCGAGGCCGCCAGAAGGGACCUUCAGCGGCGACCUGGGGCGGACAGACGGCAAACUGAAGGGGGCAGUGUCGCGAGAUAGCGUUGGAUCGGACGGGGCCACGCUCGCCUCCGAGCGCUGUGGCGGGAGCCGUGAGACCUCGACAUCCCAGUGGGUGUCCUUCACGCACACGCAGCGAAGACGGUUGUCGACUGACUCGUUUUCUUCGGCGUCUUCUCAGCGCAGGUCGGACGUCGAAGUCGGCAGACAGGGGGAAGGGCAGGGCGCGUCACGGGCGGACGUCCGGGGGCUUCUGUCCCCCGCAGAAGUGCACGGGAAACGCGAAUCGGAGUGUGACGCAGUGCGGCAGCCGCGGUAUGAGGGAACAUCUUGGGACUCCGAGAAAGAACGCAGAGAGAACGCGACCGGUCCAGAGCCAGAGGCGAAAGAGCCACAGACUUUUUCUCCAGAAACAUGCUCGACAGAGGCGUCGCCAGCGACGACCCAGGAAGAGCCCCAGCAGGCCUUGGCCGGGAACCGGGAGAAGGCGCAUGGCUUCGCGGGCUCUAUCGGCCGAGAGGCGGGGCCGCUGCCAGAGGCAGCAGCGCCCUCGCCGAUCACGGCUCAUUGGGCAGAUCCGGCCGAAAACGCGUGCAAGGAUAUCCUGAAUGCGUCGACAAUUACAGCAGUUCGGGAAAGGCCUGGGGCGCUGGACGCCCAAGGGACGGCCAGAAGGUGCGAGCAAUUCGACUGUCAAGAGACGAGUUCAGAGGAGCUAGGGGAGAUUCGUGCGACAGGGGAGAUGCAGGUGACAGAGAGGAAACCGGGCCGAGAAUGUCAAGCGAAGCCGUCGCCUGCAGAUUCGAUUCCAGGGCUAAGGAGACUGGCGUCAACCGAUGACGCCGCGGAGUUCGUGUUGGGUGUGCUGGAAGAAAGGCGGGCGGCCUUCAACCUGAGACAGAGCCAGGCGUCUGAUCCGUUGGGGCACUGCCACCGACAGAAGCCGCCCCAGGAGAAGGCACGACGGGUCGUCCGAUCUCACAGCGGGGGGGCCUCUGAUGCGCAGUGUUUCAAGCAGCAGGGACCACCGAGGCAGGGAACCUGUUCGUGGGGCGAGGAAGGUGACGGAGGCCAGGAAGCCGAGAAACACAGCCUGAGAGAAGGCUCCAGACCCGACUGGGACCGCCGGAGGGAGUUACUGGAGCUCGCCGAGCUUCUCCUGGAUGUCGCUGUUGUCUGCUUAGACGACGAUGCCGCGAGCCGCAGCGCGACGGGCCAGAGAGGGGGGAAGACGGCACCUCUGAUGCCGUGCGUCUACGACAAAAACGGCCUAAAGGUUUGGAAAAAAGAAUUCGGGGUCGGCCGCGUCCUUAUCAAAGCAUCCUUCAUGCUACCCGUGCUCCCUGAGCAGUAUGCGUCCUUCGCGUCUGACAGUCGUUUGCGGGCGACGUGGGAUGCGAAUCUCGGCGGCCACGCGAUCCUCGAAACAGUGACAGCCAACACAGACAUUUGCCAAGUGCUGAUGAAACGGGUGGCGACGCUUUAUCCGCGUGACCUAGUCACUCUGCGCGCCAAAAGGUCCUGGGUCCUUCCCACCGCGAAGCACGAGCCGGCGGGACACUUCCAAGUCGAUGAGCGGCAAGUAGCGAAGCAAGUCUACGCCUCCUGCAGUUGUUCCAUUGACCACCCAGCUGCCCCGGAACACAGCAGUCACGUCCGCAUGGACAUACGCCUGAGCGCCUAUAUAGCCUCGCCAGUGGUGACUCCGUUUGGAGUUUGGACCCAGGUGACGCUGUUCAGUGAGGCCGACCCCAAGGGCUGGAUCCCAGCGGUUGUAAGCAAGUCGCUGGCAGCGAAGGUGCUGCCAUCCACAGUGGAGAAAAUGGCGGUGAACAUGCUUAACCAUUAUGGAAUAGAAUGGGAUGGCCCAUCUGCCACAGGCUACGCCGCACGACGCCUGGAGAAGUACUGCGAAGAAAUACCCCGUGGAGAAUCGAAUUUGAAGUGUGGAUGGUAGACCGUGGUCUGGUGACUGGUGUACACUGCCACUUUUUCCGGAGCAGAAAAGGUUCCUAACCCCGGUGGAGGAUGAAUGGGGCUCUGAGCCGAGUACAAGAAGAGGCUUGGACGUGGCUACCUGCUCUUUUCAAGAAACAAAACCUAUCGUGUUUGAUGGUACGCAUUCGUUGGUAUCCUCGAAUCACUCUUGGCAAUUCGGGUGGAAAAAUUACCUCGUCGUCGCACAUUUCGGUCACACUCGGGAGCGGAAAAAACAGACAGUGGCGCUUCUCCGAAGUUCCCCUGGAGAACAGUGAAGACGCCCUCAAUGAGAAGGGUAUAUUUCUUUCUUCUGUGACUACUUCCGUACUCGGGUUUCAUUGGAAUUGGAUUAAACACAGACAAUGUCAAUAUUUCUGUUUUUCACGUACGCUGCUGAUGAAACAACAGCUAAUGGAGUCUGAAUCGGUGUAUUUGUGGGCCGCAUCUCCCACCUACGAGAGCAGACCUCAGUAUCUCACGCUUUCGAGAACUUACUUUUCUCGCAUUAAAGCAACAGGAGUGUCAACGUUAGUCACUACUGCUGUUGAACUCAUAGUGCUGCGAUGAUGCAGCUCGUGACAAACUACAGCGGCCACGGUGUUCACAGAUGGCCCAUCCAUUACACGCCGUUAAAGAAACUGCAAUCCUUGCUGUUUUCUACGAAAGAGCAGCCUGACGAACGCGCUCACGAACAUGAGAAAGAAUAGCACUGUAGAAAGAGCAUGGUCUGGCCGCUGGCGCUACAUCAUGUCUCUCGGCUCCUUAAGUGUCCCAGGUCAUACAUCCGAGUGAUAAACAACUUUAUGACUUAUGUCUGGUGGCAUCCACCACAACAUUCGGUAACACUACAUACCAGCAGAUUCCUGGCCUGCUCACAGGUGGUACCAAACCCGUGGCAGUGGGGACGCCCGCAACGCCUGUGGCCGCCGCACCAUACACGUCGAUGAAAUCCGUAAAAGCAGUCUGAUCCCCUCGAACUGCAGUGACUUGACUCUGACAAAACCGGUGAAUUACUCGGACGAGGCGUAGAGGCGCUCUUUCCUCCCGUACUUUCGGCCUCCCGUACCAUUCCGAGGGUGGCUUCGACGUCAGAGUUUGGCAAACGUACAUGAACGGUGGUUCGUUGUUUUCUAUGGAAAGCCUUUAAAGCAGCAGAGGCCCGUAUAAUUCUCGGACAGAAUGCAGAUAGAAUGGUCGCAUGUUCUUGUGCAUACCACCGCAGCAGGGCCAGCGCCGACUGCAUCCUGUCAACGCCAGCAUGCAGGUUUGCGGAUGUACCUUUGAGUAAACACGAAUGAAUGCAAAGCAGAGAACUGGGGUAAACCGUCAGCGACGAGAAGCACCACGGUGUCUCUACUUGUCCCUAGCGUCGCUGAUCUAAAUUAAACCUUCUGCAGCCGCUUUUGUAUUGGUUGGAGAUUGAGGAGAAGCGGAAGCCUGUUGCCAAUGUCUUUAAUAAAUGACAAGCCACUUGAGCAGCACGCGGCAUGGCAGAGAGUCGUGAGAAUCUUCAGACAAGAGGACUUCGUGGUGUUCCAUAUCUGAGCGCCGGUUUUCAUAAGCAACAACACUUCCAGUGUGAUACCCCGUCCACACAGUCACGAAAAAUCCCCGCUGCCAACACCGCUGGCGGGCUGGCAAACAUGUUUUGUAUUGAGGGAAGACGGCUCUCAGCGUUGGCCACUGUUGAGAGGUAUCUCGGCCAAGCGAACUGCAGUUGUAUGGCGCUUACGGAGUAAAGCACUUUUUCGGAGACAAUGUCGAUGCUAAGGCACGCGGC